AAGAAAUUAACGCCUCCUAUUUGUUCUCCUUGUGUUCGGGCUCAACGUUGACCCGUCGCUCCUCCAAAAAUCGUUCACAUUUGGUUAUUUUUACAAGUCGCGACAGUAUUAUUUUGUAAUUCGACGUUAGUGAGGUUUUAGCCUACUCACCGAGUCGGCGUAUGAUGAGUCUUCUGAAUGCUAAGAGCACCGCUGAUCCUGCUGUAGUGGUUCCACCGCAGAAGAAAAGCAAAAUGGACGACAGCAAGUAUCUGCCGGAGCUACUUGCAGAAAAAGACAGCCUGGAUUCGUCAUUUACACACGCAAUGAAACUAAUUUCCGCAGAGAUAGAAAGGAUUCAGAAAGGCGACACCAAAAAAGAGCAGGACAAAGAAACAUAUCUGGACCUGUUUGCCACAAAAAACCUGAAACUCAAAGAACGUGUGCUCAUUCCUACUAAACAGUUCCCGAGGGUCAAUUUUGUUGGCAAGAUUCUGGGACCUCAAGGAAACACAAUCAAAAGGCUCCAAGAAGAGACUGGAGCCAAGAUUUCAGUCCUGGGAAAAGGCUCAAUGAGGGAUAAGAAUAAGGAGGAAGAGUUGAGAAAGGGCGGUGAAGCUAAAUAUGCACACUUGGCCAUGGAGCUGCAUGUUUUCAUUGAGGUCACAGCCCCCAUACCAGAAGCCUAUCUGCGUAUGGCUCAUGCCAUGGAUGAAGUGAAGAAGUUCCUUAUCCCAGAGCCUGGUGAGCAGGAUCCAUACAUGGAUCCCCACUACUUGAAUGGUGCCCAGGAUGGUUCAGGCAGGGGCAGAGGUGGUCCUCCAGUCAGGGGCAGAGGUGGGCCACUUGGCGCUGCUGGACCCAGGGGGAGAGGAAUGCCACGAGGGUCCCCCCGUGGAAGUGCUCCACGUGGUGGGGCUCCACGGGGAGGUCUAGGAAGAGGUGGAGCCCCUAGAGGAGCACCAGGUGGUAGAGGUGGACUGCCUACUACAACCACCAGAGGAGGUGCAGCUUCCCGCUCUAGGCCAUCAGCAGCAGGGGCACCAAGAAUGCUCCCAGCCCAAGCUCUUUCCCACCAACAACAUCAGCUUGCUCUCCCUCCUGCAUCACAGCCUAAAGCCGAAGCCUAUGAUGAAUAUCAACAAUAUGAAGAGCCCUAUGCGGAGGCUACCUAUGAAAACUAUGAUGCGUAUUAUAGUCAGCAACCUGCACCAGCGGAUACUGAAUACUAUGAUUAUGGCCAUGGAGAGUCCCAGGAAGCAACAUAUGAAUCUUACUCUCAAGACGAUUGGGAUGGCUCGUGGUCCAACAGUGGGGCCGGGGGAAAAGUCACCCCUAACAGACAAAACAAAGCGUACAGAGAGCAUCCAUAUGGAAGAUACUGAAUGGCUUCUGGUAGAGUUGCCUUGGCAACUGUCCUCGAUUGUAACAAACUUUUACCUUUUCAAAAGUAAUUUCCUUCUCGUUGGUUCUUUUUUAUGUUUUUAAAUGAGUUGAAAAACAUUUUUGGUGGGUGUAUCACAGUACAUCAGAAAUUCGUAAAUGCAAGAAGUUUUUGUUUAGAUGUUUCCAUUCAAUGUUUCAAUUGCGUAGUUGGCAGAUUACGAUCGUAAGUGACAUAAUCGUAAAAAGGAAAAAAAGUAAUAUUUAGUUGUAUUUGUUUAAUGAUUAUCUUUUUCAUAACAAGGUGUAAAUGUGGCGAUUAGCUUUUACACGUAAUGACAGGGCAAAAAAAAUUGAUGGCUUAAUGUAACUUAACUAACUAGCAUAGGUAUAGUUUCAAAUCCAAAUGCAGCUCUCUGCGUUGUUUUGGCGAGAAAACAAAAACUCCCAGUAGAGAUGUUUUAUCUUUUUGUAUUUGUUAUUCUAAUUUAAUUUUGUCUACGAAAUCUCGCCUAAAAUUUCAUUCAAUACAUUAAAUCGAUUACCACAAAUGCCUCGUUUUGCCACCCUUGCGAAUGCUACACUGAUUUAUUGCAUUACAAGCUAAAUGACCACAGAUAAUUCCUAUUGUUGUGAAGUCUGUAGGGUUAGUGAACGGUCCUUACAGCCUGUAAGACGAGCUGCAGCCAACUCAAUAUUAUGUAUAUAAUCUUAGGACAAUUGUAUAUGUUCUAAAGCCGUGCCGUCUCCAAAAUGCAUAGUGCUUGUGUACUCUUGGCUAAAUAGGAUACUAAAUAUAUUUCAAAAUGUUUUGCUGCA